CACGUGGGUGUGUUUACAUGUGAAUGUCGUGUCAAGCACAAAAUCUGUAUUUUAUCGGAUUGAUGAGCGUAUUAACUUAUUUCGAUGUGUACUUGGAACUCAAAAAAUAAUAUCAUCUAAAUUCGGAAGAAAAACUCUGACUAUAAACUCAAAACCUUAGACGGUAAUAAAGUCCGGACUUAUGUAGACUAGAUCUAGCAAGUGCAUGUGUUUAGACAGAUUUUGUGUAGGUUAGAGAAGUUUCCAAUAAGGAUCAUGGCAGCUGUAGACCCCAACAUCAAUCCAGAAAAUUUGUUUAGAGAAUAUUUUGGGACAUAUAACAAAUUGGCAGAGCAUUGCUUUGUGGAUUGUGUCCAUAGCUUCACCACAAAGAGAGUCACCAAAUCAGAGGCAUUGUGUGCAACAAACUGUUUGGAGAAACACUUUGAGGCGUAUGGACGUAUUACUCAGAAAAUUCAAGUAUAUCAAUUAGGCAAGCUUAAUGAACUUAAUCCAUGAUAAUGCUGAUGGAAAUUCGUGUUAUGGGAUUAAAAUCUAUGACAGUAAAGAGAAUUGUCUGGUUUCAGUCAACAGAUACAGAUUCCGGCUGCUAUUGGAAGAUGGUGUAUAUGUACAUUGUGUUUGUAUGUGGACUGCUGUGUGUUGUCAAAGGUAUUUAAGAUUAAAAGAAGUACUGUACUUAAUUAAUUUACUGAAUGGGGUAUUAUGUAUAUCAACUACAUCCACAGUAUUGAUUUAAAUCCAAAAUCUAGUUAAAACAGAGUAAAGAAAAAAAAUUAAUAUAAUGACAUGGAAUUACCUUUAAGUCAGUUGUUUGAAGAAUAUUCACAGUAACAUAAUGCUUUGUUAUCAAUAUAACAGAAGCUGAAGAGUGACUAAAUGUUAACAAAUGGCUGCAGUAAAAUUCCUUCAUCAAAUUAAGAAAGAUCUUGAAACUUUACUAAUGAAUAGGGUUACGUUUACAUGUAUAUCAUUAUGAUGACCGAUUUCACUCUUGUAGUGUUUUCUUAACAAAAGUACCUGUUUGGGAUUUCUCUUCAGACUUGAAAGUCAUAGGAUAUAUAGAACAUGGUUUCUUCACGUCAUAUUGAGUUGUGUUGUAAUUGUUCCACUUUAACAUAGUGCAGUGCCUCCUCAUUGAAACUUAGAAAUUGCUUUUCAUGGCUGAAGGUCAUAGGUCAAGGUCACUUUCUAUUUAAUAGAACAUAUAUCUGAAUUUUGUUGUGACCAUUUCAUUCCAUUUGACACAGUGCUACCGCUUUGAAACUGUCUGCUCAUAGGAUUACUUUUCAGAUCUGAAAGUAUAGUAUAAUAUGGGGUCCGCCACCAUCUUUAUCCUACAAAUCAUGUAUUUAAGAAGUGUAAUAUAGAACAUUUUAAUGUUAUCAGUGAACAUAAGAUUUACCAACUUUAUGAUUUACUUUUUCUGAUAGAACAAUUUGAGUGAGGAAGUGUUUACUGGUAAAUUGAAUAAAAUACAACUCAUGGAAUACAAUCACAAUUGUGUGUA